AUGAAAUGUAAAGAAGCGAAUCUGUCAGCUAAAUUUUUUGCUAUUGUUUUCAGAGAUGCAGAGCCCAUAAUUCGUCAUGAACAAUUUCGUAUGUUUGCCUGUAUGAACCCAGCAAAUGAUGUAGGGAAGAAAGAGUUGCCUGCUGGAAUAAGAAAUCGUUUCACUGAGAUAUUUGUAAGCGAGCUGCAGGACAUUCCUGAUUUAAACACAUUAGUUUUUAGCUAUCUCCAAGGAUUAUCACCACCUGUCCCAUUGAUUAAUGGUAUUGUAAGGUUAGUACGAAGCUGCAGACUAUUAUGCCGUUUACGUAAUACUGUACAAGGCUUUCCUAGCUCGGGAUUUAAGAAUGAGUUCGAAUAUAAAUUACAUGCACCAAGUAUAUAGGAAUAUCAGUUUUGUCAAAAAAGUAUCUUAUGUUUUUAGGCUACUGAUCUUCGCUCUUUGCCUUUGGGUAUUAUAUUUUUCAAAUAUAUUUUUAACCAGUUUAAAUAUAAAGUAUUUGCAUGUUCAAGUUACUGGGAGUUUUUUCAUUGUGUUUUUAUUGCCGUUAAAACUUAAGAAGCGAAUAACCAUAGGUCUCCCGAAAAGGUCUUUUAUUUAAAAAAAAUCCAUACAAUUUGCUUUAAAAUACAAUGCUUUGACAUGCAAUGCUUCAAUGUACAGUAAAACCUCUAUAAUUUGUAUUACCUGAAGUACGUGCAACAUCACAAUAGGGUUGUGUCAUUAUGUACACGGCAAAAAACGCCGAGACCGUUGCUCAACAGGACUGAACAAUGUUUUGCUGCCCACGUUGUUCACACUUGUCAACAAUAUUGAACAAUGUUGUUGAGCCUGAAUCGGGUGUAACAAUAUUGUUCAAUGUUGUUGACAGCUAUGAACAAUGUGGGCAGCAAAACAUUGUUCAAUCCUGUUUUCAUCAGUAUUGCAUCAACCUGAGCGUUUUUUGCCGUGUAAUAUAUAUCCCCAAGGUUGGCAAGUAAAUACAAAUUUAAAACUGUAUACACAAACUUAAUGACGAAAAACUCGUACAUAAACAUCGAAAUUCAUUAAAAAAACUAACUCACUAUGGUGAGAAAUAACUGUAAUACUUCUAUAUUGUGUUUUUUUUUUCACUUUUAAACGAGUUAAUUUUGCGAAAAUGCCGAGGAAAAUUCAUCAAAUUCGUAACUCAAUUUGAUCAAAACUAUGCGGGAUGAUGGCUCCCGGCGUUACGUCACAAAAUAAAGCUCUCUGAUUCGCUGGGAAAUUUCAGCCAGCCAAUCGGAGAGUUUUUUUGAAAUUUUAAACAUUUUCAGCAAAUCAGAGAGCUUUAUUUUGUGACGUAACGCCGGGAGCAGUCAUCCCGCAUAGUUUUGAUCAAAUUGAGCCAUUUUCCUCGGAAUUUUCGCAAAAUUAACUCGUUUAAAAGUGAUGAGAGAAGAAAAAAACACAAUGUAGAAGAAUUACAGUUAGGCUAUUUCUUACCAUAGUGAGUUAGUUUUUUUAAGGAAUUUCGAUGUUUAUGUACGAGUUUUUUCGUCAUUAAGUUUGUGUAUACAGUUUUAAAUUUGUAUUUAGUUGCCAACCUUGGGGAUAUAUAUUACACGGCAAAAAACGCCGAGCCCGCUGCUCAACAGGACUGAACAAUGUUUUGCUGCCCACGUUGUUCACACUUGUCAACAAUAUUGAACAAUAUUGUUGAGCCUGAAUCGGGUGUAACAAUAUUGUUCAAUAUUGUUGACAGCUAUGAACAAUGUGGGCAGCAAAACAUUGUUCAAUCCUGUUUUCAUCAGUAUUGCAUCAACCUGAGCGUUUUUACGCGUGUACACAAUGACACAACGCUAUUGUGAUGUUGCACGUACUUCAUGUAAUACAAAUUAUAGAGGUUUUACUGUACAUUGAAGCAUUGCAUGUCAAAGCAUUGUAUUUUAAAGCAAAUUGUAUGGAUUUUUUUUUAAAUAAAAGACCUUUUCGGGAGACCUAUGGAUUAACUUGCUGUUUUGUCGUUCGCCAAACUUCGGUAAUUCUUGCGCUGCCAUCUUGUUUUCUUUGUUAGCAAGAUAUGAGCUAAUAUCCUGCUAGUAAAGAGCCAAUAAGAUUACAGAAUAGCUUACUGUAUAUGCGGUAGUAGCCUCCUCCGCAGGCAUCUCUUUAGUUAUUCAAAUAAAUAACCGAUGUUUUUCUGAUUGGGCUCCCUGUGGAGGGAGAUGCGGUAGCUGUUUAUAUAAUAAUUUCAGAUAUUUGAGCACGGAAGUACACGUCCACAAAUCAGGGAUGGAUCCAGCAUGAUCUGGUAGGGCGGGGGGUGGGGGGGGGGUGCUCUGGUGCCGACUGCCGAGUUGUGUCGGUCAUGUGUGCUGCCCGCCCAUCAACUACUGUAUUUGAAUUGUAACUGUUGUUCACAGUUCACUUAUCAUCAUGUUAUUACUCAAAUUACUGUAUCUCAUUUUGUCUUUUUUUGCGUUAUCAUACAAAUAGCUGCCCCCCCCCAGUAAAUCCAUCCCUGCCACAAAUUGUUAACAUGUUUGAAUGAAGUCGUACACAAUCAAAAUUGAUUCACAAAAACACGAAUUGUUAUUGAGAAAAUUGAAUAUUUACCCUUUAAGUGCCAAUGCUCCGGGAUGCGCCCCAAUUUAAGUUUUUAUUUCACUCUGUCUAGCACCAUAUUAUUUUACUUUUCAAGGGGAAAGUGCUGCCCAUAGAAAUAAUAGAUUCAAUAGAUCUAUUAUUUAUAUGGUGCUGCCACUCAAUGGGUUAAUCAGACCAUGCAUGUGCGUCUGACACUUCACGAGAGUUGGAAACUUUGUUAUGCUUGAAUAUAGUUGAAAAAAGUUUUAAAAGGCACUUGUCUGACAUAUGAAUUAUCGAGCAGAAAUGUGACCCUAUUGGUUAAUUGAGCGCUAUGGUAUAAUAAUUAUAGCAUUAUUUUAUUUUAGUUUUUAUCUGUUAAUUCGUGAGGAGUCUGCUCAGAAGCUGACUGACGGAAGUGGAAAUCGACCGUAUUACAGGUACUUAAUGGUGUUUGCUAAUUAUCAACAAUUGUACAUGAGUGAUUUAAAAGUUUGCAUGCUUAAUGUGGCCUUGGGUAACAUUAGCCGUAACCUAUGUGAAGUACUAUUUAAAACACGAGAAGUUCGAGUGUUUUGAAUAGGUUAAAAUACGACUACAAAAGAAUACUAUAAUUAGGAUGAACAAUUAUAUAAUCAUACUAAUUAGGAUGAACAAUUAUAUAAGGAAUACUAAUGAAGAUGAGUUUUAUCAGAUAUAAAGUCACUCCACGUGACAUAUUAUGGCUGACAUGAUUUGCCACAAGGUUUAUGAAUUAUUAAUGAGUAUUUUAAAUGUAAAGAAAUGAAUCUCAGUUUUCAGAAUGGUCUAAAAAAGGAUAUUACAGUACAUCCAUAGUUUGUAUAUAAUGCCCUUGGCUAUGGUACACUUGCAUUACAGACUUGAAUAAGUUUAAGCUCAUCAUACUUUCGAGAAAAAAUGUAUGUCUGAGUGUUUUUAACAUUUACUACCCUUUGAGAUUCGGGUUGAUUAAUAUCCGUCAAAAAAUAAAGUUGUGCAUUUGAAUUGUGGCAAUUCUGAGACAUGAACAUCUGUAUAUAUAACAUAGCCAAAUUUGUUUCGUUUUGGGUUUUAUGAAAUUUAAUGACCCGCAACCAUCAUUCCUUUUUAGCCUUCGAACUCUGUGUCGAGCUUUGAAGUACGCUUCGCGGAAUCUUCAUGGCAAUAUACUGCGCUCAGUGUAUGAGGUAAGAAAUAUAAUGCAUAUAAGAAGUACGUUUUCUAUCGUGAGUCUUCUACAUGGUAUUCUUGCGAAGCCAAAUUUCAAAGUUUAUGACUCUAAAUAAGUAAUAACCCAUCAUCCCUUACGCGCUCAGAUUUAAGGUUUAAGUUUUUGGAAGGACAACCUUAAUUGAAUUAGCUGUAUACAGAAAGAGCUGCAUUGGUUUAUCAGGCUUAUGGGAAAUUGUGUGGAUUGCUAAACUAUAACUGCUAAAAUAGUCCCAUGCACACGAGUGUGUGAAUGCAGUAUGGUUGUCUACAUAACAAAGCAGUUAUUCUACUCACUACUGGAUUCGUAGAAUAACUGUUAAAUAUCUUGUAUUUGUCUUCCAGGGAUUUUGUAUCAGUUUUCUAACCCAGCUGGACAGAUCAUCUCACAACAUUGUCGAGACCUUACUGCAAGAGAAGCUUCUUGGCCAUGUAAAUGCACGAAGCUUAGUUAAUCAACCGUUGCGGAAACCUGAUCUAAAGAACGAAAAAUUCCUAAACUUUGAAGGGUAUUGGAUUUGCGAAGGAAAUCUCGAGCCAACUCGGUCAUCUGAGUAUGUUUUCACGUCUACAGUAAAAGACAAUUUGAAGUGUUUGGCCCGGAUUGUAUCAGGAAGGUUUGUUUGUUUUUGUGUAUAUGCUAAUUGUAUUUAAAAGCAGCAAAUGUUUCAGGCAAACGUAAAUCUGGUGCAUGGUAGCAUAUUACAAAAAGGCACUCCAGUGGUGUAAAACUGAAUGAUAACAAAGGAGGCUCUUAAAGAGGGGGGUACAAGACGUGAGGGUGAUUUGGCGUGGAGGGUGCACCCAUUACAUCAGUGGGGGCAAAAUGAUCAACAUGGAAAGACACAGUAUUUAUUUUGGUUCUAUUCUUCAAUUAGUGUUUUUUGAAGAAAGGACUUAAGUACUAUUUAAAACGCGAGGCACAGCCGAGCGUUUUAUAUCUGAUAAAACACGACAACAAGUGUUUUAAAUAGCUUAAAAUACGACUACAAUAGAAUAUUAAGUAGGACGAACAAUUAUAUAAUCAUACUAAUCAGGAUGAACAAUUAUAUAAAGAAUAGUAAUGAAGAUGAGUUUUAUCAUAUAUAAAGUCACUGCACGUUACAUAUUAUGGCUGACAUGAUUCGCCACAAGGUUUAUGAAUUAUUAACAAGUAUCUUAACUUCAAACAAAAGAUUCUGAUAUGCCGAAGUUUUCAUGUUGGAGCCACAUAUAUGACCUAAUGGUAUUAUCAUAAUCACGAACAUAUUACUGACUUCAUUACCGCAUUAUUUCAGCCCUACAGUUGCAAAGAAUUUUUCAGAAAAUAAAUUUGCAAUCUGAAAAAAAUAUUGCAUGGGAGAUUAGCGCCAAAUCCGGCAUGAAAUUUUUAACAAGGGGGCUCAGCCCCCAAGCUGCUAAAAAGAGGUGCUGAACCUUUCCCUUUAUACACCACUGUGCCACCCACAAGAUCAUGGGAAACAGAUUACAAUGGUUUGAACAUACUACUUAAAUGGUCUGGACUAGAAUUACGUAAAGGUUUACUGUAUAAACUGAUACUAACUUUUCCUUUGCUAUCAAUUGUGCCCACAAUUAGUUUUGCCAUCUGAAAUUGGGCAUUUCUUAAUGUGACGUAAUAUUCUUGCAAGAGCUGAAUACAUAACUUUGAAUGUACCAUUUGCAUUAUAGACUAAAUUUUGAUCUAAACAAGUGAAGACAAAAAUUUCGUUGCGAAAUGUUGUAAAAUGCGGAUAAUAUAGCCUUGCGAAGUUUGCCGUUUUUCAGUCAUUUUGUAUUACGCAUGGGAAAUUGACAGCCCAAACGGGUGUUGAGGAAUCAAUUUCCUUUUUGUAAUACAAAAUGACUGAAAAUUGCAAACUUCGCAGAGCUAUAUUAUCCGCAUUUUACAACAUUUCGCAACGAAACUUUGGAAUAUUACUAAUUUUGUGAUGCUCUUUCAAGCUGUGAUGAAAUUUUUGUCUAGACUUGUUUAGAUCAAAAUUUAGUCUAUAAUGCAAAUGGUCCAUUUUUGCUCGUUCAAAAACGAGGUUUAAAGAGUUUAAAAUACAUAUCUUCUAUGCUAAAAAUAUGACCUCAAUUUCGACAUCUUUCAAUAUUGAGCCGAGUGCGAUCAUUGUUUGAAAAUGAAAGUAUGAAACAUGUUGUUUUCUAGGGAUUUUCCCGUGUUAAUCCAAGGUGAAACAUCCGUUGGUAAAACCAGCCUGAUUAAUUGGUUAGCAAAGACGAGUGGCAAUUACUGUGUUCGUAUAAAUAACCAUGAACAUACGGAUAUUCAAGAGUAUUUAGGAUGUUACACCUCUGAUGCGUCUGGAAAAUUGGUCUUUAAAGAAGGUAUCACAGUGCAUUUCAAGUCCUUUUCUUAUGAUCUUAUAGAAUGGUACUGAAUUACCUGUAGGAAACCUGCUUUGUUCGGUUGAAUCAAAUUGGAAGCACUUUUCGCAUGUGCCAAAGAGAUAAAACUAUAAUCAAAAGUAUAUUUACUUUUGAUUAUAGUUUUUCUAACUUUCCCUUACAAUAGCUUCCUUUCAAUAAUAUAUUCUUGUGUUCUUCAUAACGACCAAUAACAAGGCUUAAUUUUUUUAAUUUAACGUCAACGGUUACAAGCGUAGACGUUUAUUAUAGUUUUAACGGUUUUAGAUCGCAAAUUGUAAUUUUUUACCUGAUCAUGGAGUAAACUCCGAAACGUCGUUUUAAUUAAAAAAAUUUAAGCCUUGUUAUUGGUCAUUAUAAAACAUAAGAGAAUAUAUAAUAAAAAGCUUUAUAUGAAGGAAACGAACGCAUUGACAAAAGGCAUAUGCAUUAAUUAAUCACGUUUCCGUAGACACAGUUGUAUAUAUCAUAGUCACUUAAUUGCAGGAAUUCUUGUCGAUGCGAUGCGAAAAGGAUAUUGGAUCAUACUGGAUGAACUCAAUCUUGCACCAACCGAUGUUCUGGAGGCUCUCAACAGGGUAAAUCAUUACGUUAAGUUGAGAAUGACAGAUUUAGAUUUAAUUUGGAUGGAAAUAUGUGUUAAGAUGUCAUGAUACUAAUCUUGACAACGAAAUUAAGUCAAGGAAUCUCAAAACCACAAGCGAAUUCUCAGUUUAAAUAUAGAGGAGAACUUGACUAUUUUGUGGUGAAAUUGAUGAGCAAAGGGCAUCCUUUAUGGGCUCGUUUUCCCACUGACAUUAUUUCUCGUUCCCAAACAUCAACGUAUAUAUAUAGCCUAUAUAUAGGCUAUAUAUGUUUCUAGAACUGCACAAUGGAACUGUGUAGACUCGGAAAAUGUUUUCUACUUCUUAAAUUUUAUGAUAUUAUUUAGGUAUGAUACUUUAUCUAAAUUUCUCUCUAUGCUUUUCAUUUUGUCUGUUCACGUCACUACAUAACAAGUUGUUUUUUAUAGCUUUUGGACGAUAACCGUGAACUUUUUAUUCCUGAAAUUCAAGAAACCGUGAAAGCACAUCAGAAAUUCAUGCUGUUUGCAACACAAAACCCACCCGGCCAUUACGGAGGAAGAAAGGUAUACUAUUAAAAUAUCACAUUCUGUGUUCCGAUUAAAUAAACAUUGAAGAUACAGUACUCUACAAUUUAUAAUUUUGAAGUGUCUGUGCCAGUGUAUAGGUGGUGCCAAUAAUAACAAGCUUUCGUUGGUUGGCAUGCAACGAGCUGAAAAAUAUAAAGUGAAUUUCGACGUUUCGAGCGAAGGCCCUUCGUCUGGAGUUAAUUCGCCUUUUUCCAAAAGAGAUCAUUGCAGGGCAUUCAGGGAUCGUUUGGAGGGACAAAAAUUAUGGUGACACGUGUCAAAUAUGUUUAGACGACCAAAAAUGAAACGUCUCCCUUUUACAUUAAACAUUUAAUUUAAAUGUGUGCCGUCAUAUUUCUUGUCCCUCCAACAUGGGAUUCGCGCGACUAGACCCAGGACUAUCGGAAAUUGCUAAUUGCAGGGGUUGGGAAGAUUACAUGAGCUUUUAUACUAAGAAUAUAAAAGCGAUACCGUGACAAAACGUAAACCAAUCAGAUGGAUUUAGUCCAAACAAAGUAUAAACAAAACUGUAAGUCACAUUACAGAAUAUAGUAAUACAAAUAUACAGACAGCAGGUUCAUUGAUGCCAUAUAGGGGUGGACAGUGUCAAGUUUGGAAAUGAGGCGCAUUUCAUGGCUUUUGCGGCUAUCGUUGCUUCCAGAAAUGGGACAAAGGGCUCGAUUUCCAUAUCUGAGACACUGUGAUUGCCAGUAUUAAAAGUCUGGCAACAGGCUGGUUAGCAUCAUUGCCAAUGACUGCACGCCGAUGCUCACCAAACCUUGUCCUCAAAGAUCUUCCAGUUUCCGCAAUGUAAAGCAUGUCAUGCACAUCUACUGCGUAAGAUGCAGUAGAUAAGAUGGGAGGAGGUGCACGUGAAAGCCAUGGCGCCAUAGAGAUUUUGGUGCCGAAAUGGUGGUGGCAGAAUCUAUAAGAUUUUGCAUUUAGCUUUUUACCCCAUUAAGAUGCACUGUGCCCUAAUGCACCGCCCAAAACCAUCUCUUUGUUUUCAGGUCUUGUCAAGAGCUUUCAGAAACAGAUUCGUGGAGCUUCAUUUUGAAGAACUUCCUAGUAAAGAACUUGAAACAAUCUUACAUAAAAGAUGCAAUCUACCAAUGUCUUAUUCCAAGACACUUGUUAAUAUCAUGCUGGAAUUGCAGGUAUGUGGUUUUGAUGUAGACAUAUUUAAUAACAAAAAGGAAAAAAUAUAUUUACAACAAAGUUGCAAGUUUGAGUCAAAAGCAUUUCGUUUAUCUCUUAUGACUCUCACGAUACCCACACUGAUAAUUUACAUUUUAUUCGAAAUAAAUAAUUUAAACGGGAAAAUCCAAGUCUAAGACGAGUAUGUAAAAUUGAAGCAAAAUUUUCAAAUCGAUGUACGGGGUGUUCUGAUGUAGAGUAGUUGGUGUUCUUGGUUCUAAAACGUGGGUAUCCAUUGUACGUUGUAUUCUGAAAUAAGAAUACGAAACGGAAACAUUCAUUAUUUGUUUUAUACGACACCAAGAUAUACACCCUGAAUAGUGAAUAAUUGUUAAUUAUCAAGGUGUCUGUAUAUUAAGUUUUUCUCGACCUUGAUAAUUUUGGAUAUUACAAACCCUCAUUCAGUAACUGUUUAUUAAUCGCCUAUUUGUCAAAAUUCCAGGUUCGUCGACGUGGAUCUACAGUAUUUCGAGGCAAACAAGGUUUCAUUACACUACGAGAUUUGUUCCGCUGGGCGGACAGAUACAGUAAAUCACAAGAUAGUGAAGGAACAUUCUUUGACUGGAACCAGCAACUCGCUGAGGAUGGUAAGAUAUUUAAGAUUUAGGAAUUUCUAUGAUUUAUUAUACAGUAUUGUACGUCAAAUUAAAAUUGUCCAAUCAGAAAGCAGCAUUUGUACCACGUAACGAUGUGAGCUUUUACGGUAUUUCACUCAUUCAUGAAUUCGCAAUGCAGCGUGCAAUAUUAUAAUAUCUCACGGUGGCUCUACCGUGGGAUAUUAUAGUAUCUCACGCGUGUGACGCGUGGACACCACGCGCUGAAACAACUUGGCGUUUGCGGGCUGUUGUUUGUAAUUUCGUAUAAAAGAUUUAUUGAUUUAACUAAAGAUUUUCAAGAGCUACAGUAUGUUACGUUCAAUGAUCCAAAGGAUACAAGCUCACAUAAAUGGGAAACGUCAAAAACUCGGGUAUAAAUAAGAAAUUAAUCAUCAGCAAGUUUAUUCUCAACUUAGUGGAUUGUUUAACUUUCGGUAUAAUAUAUCAUUUAUAUACUCUCACUUCGGGUAAUAUUUCAUCGAACCCCCCUCGCUCCUGGUCGGUAAAUGAUGAUAAUUGCUGACAUAGCGGGAUAGUAAUAUUUUAAUUGACGCUCUUGUUUCCUUAAUUUGUGCCAAUUUCCUUGACCAAUUUAUGUAUAAUCAGCCAUGUGGUAUAUUUUGGAUGAUGUUGAACAAUCUUUCCAGUCUUAUAUGACAAUUUACCACAUGAUUAUUGUAUUGUGAACUUAUAAUAUAAAUUGAUAUUUUUGCAAAUUGGAAGCAAGACUGGAUUAUAGGCGCAAGAGGUAUAUAUUAAUGCUCUUGGAAUGGAAAUUUACAUGAUUGCUCUAGAGUAUCUUGUUUAUGUCCUUUCAAUUCGCGCACGCGGAAUACUAUGGAUGGAAAUUGAUAUCCUACUUGAAGACACAAAUAUUUGUUGUUCUUUCCAGUUUUAGAAUUAAUGAAAAAUGUUUUUGUUUGCAGGAUAUUUGCUGCUUGCUGGCAGAUGUCGUAAUGCCCAAGAAACACUUGUUGUUCAAGAAGUCAUUGAAAAAAACACGAAGAGAACGAUUAAUGUCGACUGUCUCUUUGGCCAUCCUUCAAAAACAAAUUUAUCAAGUUUUUCAGAGAAAAUUCUCAAGGAACUUAUCAAUAACUGUCCAGAAGAGUUUGGUCAUGUUGUGUUUACGUACAAUAUGAGACGCCUAGCUGUCUUAAUUGCUCGGGCUUUACAGUUUAAUGAACCUGUUUUGCUGGUAGGAGAAACAGGGUAAGUCAUAUGACACAAUUAAAUACGAAAACUUUCCGUAAUGGCUAUAGCUACUAUUUUCAACAGCUUAUUGCCGAAAUGGAUAAUAAAUUAUUACUUGCUGGGGCACUGUGCCCAGGCAAGUAUACUAGGUUUCGGCACGCAUUUUUGGUGGAUCGUCGUCGAUAACCACAAAAUAGAAUAUUAAUGAGCUGCCAUUUUUUACCCAAUACAUUUAAAAUUGUAGCUAAAUGCAUGAACUAGAAUAUAAAGCAAAAUAACGUAUAAUCUACUGCAAAACAAUUAUAGGUAUUGAACAGUCUUCGGUGCAAAUACACGAUAUAGACUUCUUGUGGAGGAAAGACCCUGGUAUGAGCUGCUCAUGUAAUAUCUUGGAAUCCUUUUAAAAUCAAAUCACUGAAACUUUCAAAACAAAAUGCAAGUUAUAAAUUAAACUAUAAAUAUCAAAUAUUUAUCAACAUCUUCAUCAUCAAUUAAAAAUCUGCUAGAUUUUACCCUAUCACACGUGACCAGCUUCUGUCAGGGUCUUCAAGCGAGAAUGGGAGCCUAGGAACGAGGUUGAAGAAGAGGCCGUCUAUUACGAUGUUUUACUCUGAUCUUUUGAACAGUUAGCAUUACGUCGCACUUGUUUACUUUCAGAUGUGGAAAGACAACAAUUUGCCAAGUAUUCGCAGCCGUUCAGAAGAAGAAACUAUAUGCGGUCAACUGUCACUUACAUACAGAGACCUCGGACUUUCUUGGUGGUCUACGUCCUGCACGACGGGAGAAAAAUGCUGAUAAGGUAGGGAUGACUGACGUACUGUAGCUCAUGAAUAAAAUUUACGUUUGGAUGUGGUUAUUUUUACGUGACCAAACGAUAAUGUACCCAAAGUACGCGAAGAAACACACAUCUUGUAGCAAACCUGCGGCAGACUUGUAACACUGCUAUUGCACACAACAACUUGUUAUCAGAAUGUGUUAAUUACACUGCCUGUUCCCAGCUUGUUGUCAUGUUAUUGACAAUUUUCUACAAAGGCUUGUUGACAACUUGCUACAAAGUUGUUGAACUCGACAGACUUGUUACAAGUUGUUCCAACAACUUGUUGUCGUCCGGCUACUCACCAACUUGUUAGCAAUUCGAGAAUGACAAUCUUGUAGCAAAUUGAUGGCAAUCCCAGCAUGCAGUUGGCAGGUUUUUAUUAUAACCCCACGAAGUUUUAAAAGCCAAAACAAAAAGGCUUGUAGUAUAGCUUCGCUUUUGCAUAUAACAUUGACCUCGGUCUGAGCAAUAAUCGAGAUAGAAUCGAGAGAGUUCAAAUUAGGAGAGCGACCAAAUGGAUAUGGAGAGUGAAAUGUCAUAUAAACAGCGAGUGUUGACAUUGGACCUACUACCCGUUUUGUAAGAUAGAGAAAUUAAAGUCCUCACAUUAUUUUUUUAAGGUUCUGUAUGACUAUAUUAAUCUUAACAUAAACCAUUAUGUGAUUUUCGUCGGACAUGGCCGUACUAUAGACUCAGCCAGGAUGAUAUAGUGUUCUUUAAACUCCUAUGUGUCGAACUACUACUUUCCAAUCAUCUUUCUGUAACCUUAUAGUCAAACCCUGGAUCAGAGUGUGUAAGGUUGUUGAUCCUGACACUUUCUCCAUCUUUAUCGCUUUACACUUCCUAUCAUAUACUUCUUCAUUCAUUCUUUCAUUUAAGAAUUUUUGAUAUACAUGCAAUGAGUAUAUGCUAAUAUGUGUAACAUUUCUAAUGUGUGAAACAUUUCUACAUUUAAGUACACAAAAUCUCAAUUCUUGGCAGGUGCAUCCGUUCGUAGUUUGCCUUUUUGGAUCUUCGCUUUAUAAGUUGUUAAUUCUUUUGUAACUGUUAUUCUUAGACUUUAUAAUAUAUUGAAUGCAUUAUUGAUCCAAAGAAUUUUUUUGAAAUAAACAAAUAUAUAUAUAUAUAUAUAUAUAUCAUGCUCGCACUCGUCCAAUAGUGGUUUGGUAUGGUAUAAUACAGUGUCUCUAAAUUGGCAUAUUCUGCAAUUUUUGGUCCCUAUGCUUCAAGCUUUCAUUGAAAUCACGUAAUCAAAGCAAAAUUAUUUUACCUAUACUUUGACAAACUUUGUUCAUUAACAUUUCAUAUUUAGGACACGCCAAUGAGGCUCUUUGAAUGGUGUGAUGGUAGUCUGGUGAACGCGAUGAAAGAAGGUUGUAUGUUCUUAGCGGACGAAAUUUCUCUGGCUGAUGACUCAGUAUUAGAACGUCUUAACAGCGUCUUGGAACCAGAAAGAACUCUCAUCAUGGCAGAAAAAGGAAGCAGUAGUGACUCUGAGUUUCAGCAAGAUAUUGACUUGAUUGUGGCUGAAAACGGUUUUCAACUUCUUGCCACGAUGAACCCUGGAGGAGAUUAUGGAAAGAAAGAGGUAAGGAGAAUUGAGUUGUGGAAAUUCAGUAAACGUGAUAGAAAUAAUCAACUAUCAGGUGUCUCUCGGUGGAUUUCCACUAAAGGUGGAUUUCCACUCUUCGCACAAAGCUGCGAGUGCAUGCAUGAGCACUUUCAUCCAAUCACAAUGCUAAACAGUUAAUUUUAAUUACAUGCAAGCACUCGCAGUGAGCUGCGAGGAGCUUCGUGCGAGGAUUGCAUGGAAAUCCGCCUUACCUAAGAUUUUGAUAUAUAGCACUUGAAUUUGUCAUGCAAUGUUGUCGAGUAUGGAUGUUUGAACGUUGAAGAACUGUUUUUCAAAAUGCCAAACAAUUGUGAUAGCUUUUCUAGCUUUUACGUUACACAAAUCAAACGGUGUCCAGUUUUUUGUUUUUUUUUAACACACGGUAGUAGUGUUGAUAACACUGUUUCUAGAACAUAUGGCGUAUGUGACUGGAUUUCGUUCCUACAUUCUGUAUGCGCUUCAAUUCCCCUCAUGCAGUCGUAUGAGAAAACAGUUCGAGUUACAAACUGUUCGAGCGUAUGCAGCUAUUAUAUGCGAAGUUUUGUUUAGUUUGUUUCAGGGGUGGAAAUUUUUUUUCUUUCUGGGAACCUGGGUCAAAUGCUAGAAAUUUUCUUAGGCCUUAGGCUGGCUUUCGUAUGCUCGUACAUCGCUAUGCUAUGGUUUUCUAUUAUAUACCACAGUUAUGCGUUAUGACCAACUAGUAAGGACCUAACGCUUAAGUGUCCUAUAAUCUUAUUUAUUCCAUCACUUGACUUUUUGUCUGAUUUGCAUUUUUUGUUAUAAUGUUAUGAUUAUUCUAGUAUUAUACCAGUAUAAUAAUCGCAUUAUAGCACUGGGACUUGAAGCUUAUUUCAUUGCAUAUUUUAUUUGUUUACUAAUUUUAUCUCUCAUAAAGUAUCUCCAUGGUAUCUUGUUUUCAGCUUUCUCCAGCAUUACGAAACAGAUUCACAGAGAUUUGGUGUCCAGCUAAUGAUGAGGCAGCGGAUACGAUCGACAUUAUUGAACACAAUUUAUCUCCUGGGAUCCCAUUGAAACCUCAGCCAGAUGGUAAGCCUGGUUUUGUUGGUGUUGGUUUUGUUCGUGUUGGUUUUGGUCGUGUUGGUGUUGGUUUAACAAAACAGGUUUCGGUUUUGUUGGGUUUUGCUUAUAGGUUUUGUUUGUUUUGUAUGUUAUAAUACAAAACAAUAGAUACUCCGAAAAUUGAAAGCAUUUUGAAAAAUUUAUUUCGACGCUUCGACUAAACGUUUCGUCGAAAUAAAUUUUUUAAAAUGCUUUCAAUUCUUGGAGAAUCUAUUGUUUCGUAUUUUAUCAAAAUACUCAGUGUUUCCCGUAAUUUUUGUAUGUUAUGUUUAUUUUGUUUUGAUUGUCCAUAAUAAUUGUAUAUUUCCAUACAAUGGAUUAUAGUAUGGAAAUAGUAUGCAUGGAUAUACUAUGGAUUUAGUGGUGCAAUUGCAAAUUUCGUAGUAUGGAUUAAUUUCACAUUUUCCCCCCUAGUGAUUUCUAUAUUUGUUUGUUGGUUGUUUAGUUGUCUGUUGGUGUGUGUGUAUGUUUUUUUGUCUGUUUGUCUUUCACUCUCCUCACAGAAAAUCUAAUUACAAAAACAUCUCUAUGUUACUGUAAUCAUCUCAUUCUUCUUUGCUUUUAGGUUCCUCUGGUAUUGGACGUGCUAUGAUAGAAUUUAUUCAAUGGUUUAAACAGAGUAACUUUGCAAAACGGUACGAAUUUUGACUGUGAGAGUGUCACCAAAAAUACUUUGGAUUGCAACUGUCCUUGGUCCCAAUACAGACGUAAAAAUCUCACAAUUUGUCAACAAGAUGUGUUCGCAACAUGCUUGUACCAGAUUUGUCAACAAGUUGUAUCAAUGCUCUUAUUUUAUCAAGUUUCUUCAAGCUUGUCGCUUACAACUUCUUGACGAAUUGUUGAAUUGUAGGACGUAAAUAAGUUGUUGGAAUAAGUAGCAAGUUGUCAACAAGUCAUGGACAACUUACUACAAGGUUGACAACUUGUCAACAAGUUCUGAACAAGCAGUGCGAACUCAUCCUCAACAGCAUUGCUACACGUCUUCUGCUGGUUUGUUACAACUUGUGAGUUUUUAUACAUGAAGAUAAGACCAUGUUUACCAAGAUGCAGAACUGAAUGAGGAAAGCUAAGAUUUCACUAUCAAGCAAUCGCGAGAAUAGAAAUAUUCUUUCAGAUACUUUUUUAAGAGUACAUUGAUGAAAGAACUAUCUUGCAGUUAAUUGGGUAUAGGGCCAUGCAUACGGACGAUUAUGGGACUUCGUCAUUAUUUUACAAAAUGUAUUAUGUAUAUGUAUAUAGAGGACCUUGUUCAAAAGCACCUAAGGAGCUUUCCUCUUAGAAUAUUUAUUUAAAAAAGUUUUUUUCUUAUAGGUGCAUUGUAACAGUUCGUGACUAUCUUUCGUGGGUGCAAUUUAUCAAUGUUUGUUCCUCGACAAACAGUACUGAUCAACACACACUGCUCGAACCGUCGCAAGCUUACUUUCAUGGCGCUUUCUUGGUAUUUCUCGAUGCUUUAGGCCUUGGGAGAAUGAUAAAUAGUCAGAGCACAAACUGCGCUCGUGAGUUUUUGUUGAAUCAGAUAAAAGGUUUUGACGAUCAUAACAAUGCGACGAUUAAAGCGAUGGAGACGGAAAAUGAUAAUAAUAAUGAGAUGUUUACCUUUGGUGGUUUUUCUAUAGCGAGAGGUAGGUCCAGUGGUCCAUCCAGCAAAGUGUUGGGGGGGGGGGGGUGUAUAACCAUAGGUAGCCCAACAGCUAGGCAUGUUUUUUAAAAUGUUUGACUAAAAUAUUCUAACUUUUAAUCGUUGGGAAGUGAGUCACUAACUUCACAUUCACAACGAAGGGCCUUCGCUCGAGACGUCAAAUUUCUCCUUGUAUUUUUCAAGUAGUUGCGUUCCUACCAACGAAAGCUUGCAAUAAAAUCUGUUUAAUAUUUAGGUCCAGAAUUAUCUCCAAAUAUUCAUAAUCAAUAUGCAUUAAAUGCCACAACAACAUCUGGAAAUGCUGAACGCGUAAUGAGAGCAAUGCAACUAGAUCGUCCCAUUUUGCUAGAAGGAUCACCGGGUGUAGGAAAGACAAGUUUAGUUUCAGCACUGGCUAAAGCUUCUGGUCAUCGCCUUGUUAGAAUUAAUCUCUCGGAGCAGACGGUAAGGCGAAUUGCCUAUUAAAAUAUUUGGUGGAUAGGUAACAACGGUUGGGAAUUUUUUGCAUUAUUGUAUUGUACUGUACUGUACUAUACUGCACUGUACUGUACUGUGUUGUACUGUAUUGUGUUGUGUUGUGUUGUGUUGUAUUAAAUUUGUUAUGUGCUGUUUUAUGCUGUAUCGCGAUGGCAUCUACUAAGGUAAGGUAAGGUAAGGUAUAAGGUAACUUUAUUUAUCCACGGUGUACUCAUCAGGAUUAAGAUUACAUACAUAUAGCUAUAUAUAUAAAUAAAUCUACAAAAUUAUGCAUAAAACUAAUAACACACUACUUACAAUAUAAAUAACACAAGAUAUAAAUUCAUACUAAGAAAUGACAAAAGAAAAACCUGCUUUACAUGAGUGCCGUGCAUUAAUUAGGUAUUACGAUCGAGAAGAGAGAAAUUUAUUACAGCCAGAUCGAAACGAAUUUAAAGAAUUAGCUUGCCUCAACUCAACAGGAAGGCUGUUCCAUGUUACUGUGUUGUAUUGUAUUGUAACGUACCGUACAGUACGUUAUGUUACGGUAUUGUCCUAUCCUUUCCGUCCUAUUCUGUACUGUACUGCACUGUACUUUACUCUACUCUACUCUACUCUACUCUACUCUACUCUACUCUACUCUACUCUACCGUGUUGUACUGUACUGUACUGCGCUACGCUGCAGUGCACUGCACUCCACUCCACUCUAAUGAAUUAUACUAGACUGUGUUGUAUUGAUCUAUAUUGUACUGCACUGCACUACCUCGUCGGUUUUACAGACGUGUUGUUUAUUUUUUGGGUUAAUAAAAUUAUGUCGUAAUUUACUCUUUAUUUACCAGGAUAUAAGUGACCUGUUUGGUGCAGACUUGCCAGUUGAAAGCAACCAAGGUUGUCAGUUCUCUUGGUGUGAUGGACCGUUGCUACUAGCUUUAAAAUCUGGAAGUUGGAUUGUACUCGACGAGGUAUAAGAAUACCAUGUUUUAUACAUUAACUAAUUUUAACUCGCCAAUGGUUUGCUGCCAAAAAUACUAAUAGGUAAUUAACAAUAUAAUAGUAAAAGUUUCAUUGUAUCGAUUGCGUAUAUUCUGAAUCUUAAUGCCGCGAGUAGAAGCUGUUGGGUGAAGAAGGAUUUCUGAAAAUAACUGUAAAAGAGAUUAUAAAAUCUUUUAACAAGCCUUGGAUGUGAUCCCGUCUUCGAUUGAUGAUUGAAUGCUGUUGUGCAAAACAUGCUGUUUUCCCCACAUUUCUUCACAUUGUUCACAAUGUUUUCAGAUCAUUGCCAACAAUCAGAGAUUCAAAAACUCAACAGUAUCUUCGCCGCUUUUAUAAUACUAUUACCACAUAUAAGCCCAUAAUUAUAACACCAGUGCGUUUAUUUAGAGAUUUACCAUUACCAUUGAAAAUUUAUUUGACAUUUUCUUUUCGUAGCUUAACUUGGCUUCACAAUCAGUACUGGAAGGUCUGAAUGCUUGCUUUGACCAUAGAGGAGAGGUAUGUACUGGGUGUUGAAACAACUAUUUGUGAUAUUGCUUCGCAUGUGUUAAAAGCCGAAAACAGUUAUGCCCACUCUGGCUGGGCUGCGUUUUGAUUCUUGCCAGAGUCAACCAUAAUAUGUUAUAUGCAGUGGCUUUAAACCUGACAAAACACUCCUAAUUAGUAUUUUUUAGUCUAAUAAGGCAAUAUAUCUAUUGAAUUUGUACCCUACGCUACCCGUAUCGGCUACUGUGCUUCUCUUAAUAUGAAUGGCGACUCUCUCUUCCGCAGAGGCUUUUAAAGGAAUAAAUUCGCAGGAAUAAAUUUGAAAUUGCGCUAGAAGGUAUACCAGAUACCGUAUGGCGAUAAAAGAUAUAAUACGUUUUGUUUGUGGAAACACUACGUAAAUUUAUUACUGCAGUCAUGAUAAAUUUACGAGGUGUUUCCACAAACAAAAAGUAUUAUGUGCUUCUCUUACUGAUAGCAACAGAAGUCAUUUCAAUAUUUCCUAUCUCUGUACUUUUGAACUGCUUUUUAAAAAUAUUUUUACAGAUUUUUAUCCCUGAACUUGGAAUGUCGUUUCAAGUUCAGCGUGGGAGGACCAAGUUCUUUGCGUGUCAAAAUCCUUUGAAUCAAGGAGGGGGAAGGAAAGGAUUGCCAAAAUCUUUCUUAAAUAGAUUCACUCAGGUAUGUAAAAGCCGGAUCGGCACGACGCUCUAGGAAGAUGUUCUGUGAUUGGUUGAUUAUGACAAUGACAAAAGAAUAAGCUAUAGAAUGGAUUUUCUAAAGAACGAAGCAAUAUUUGUUUAUGUAAAUAAUUACGCCUUUUGUCAUUGUCAUAAUCAACCAGUUACAGAACAUCAUUCUUCCUAGAGCUUCGUGUUUAGUGUAAAAGCCGGAACAUUGGAGCCACCGGAACAGAAAACCCGGAACGCCGGAACGGAAAACCCGGAACGCAAAAAAUUUCAAAGAAGAAAUCCCGGAACGCCACUCCUGAGUUUUCUUGAGGUACUAUUUAAAACACGAGCAGCAGUGUAUGAAACAUGAGCAGCAGUGUAUUUUCUGCUAAAAAAUAACCAUUUUUGAGCAGAAAGUGGUGCAUUUUUCCGUGUGUAAUACUAAAAUACUCAAAAUUUGCUAAUUUCACAGGGCUAUAUUUUUCGUAUUUUACAACAUUUCGCUACCAAACUUUUUGCAAUUUUACUAAUUUUAGGAUGCCCUUUCGAGCUAUAAUGAUAGAUUUCGUCUUUCUUGUCUAGAUAAAAAAUUAGGCUAUAGUUGGAAUCAUUCUUUGCAAGUUCUAAUAGUAUUGACUAUUAACUGUACAGUAGUGUUUAAUAUCGAAUUGUGUGUUGAAAUUGCAAGCUAUAAUAUCACAAAAUGUAUAUCAUAGCUUUAAUUGUAACGCUUUGUAUUUUGUAUCCGCAUGAAACUCAAUAAAGCUUAUAUGCGGCAUUCUGGGGUUUUUUUUCGAGAUUUUUUACCAGUCUGGGUUUUCUGUUCCGGUGUUCCAGCGUACCACGUAACGGCAUUUACUGUACUGCCAACCUGUGAGAUUUCUAACAGAUUUCACAAAAAAAUGCCUUUAGUGUUGGUUUAGAUUGAAAUAAUGCUUCUAAAACAAAUUAAUUUAUUCUGUCCAGUAAGGGCAGGAUUUGAUUCAACCAGGUGGAAAAGAAGGCAUCCAUCUUGUUUUAGGCCGGCGAACGGCGAAUUUCGCCAGCGCUAAGAAGACAUUUGGCAGCUAUUCGCCAGAGGCUGUGUCUAGUUCGCCGGUACUUGCGGUCAUGACAAGCUUAAAUUUUUAGCCCGGUCUUGCACUCGGACAAUAUACCAAAUAGACAAAGCUUGCAAGCCUUUGCCCACCACUUAACUUACAGCGCCCUUGAAGCUUCGACCUUCCAUUUUUUUGCAUGCUCACUUCGCUCAUCAAUUGCUGGAGCCUCAGUAGAGGAAAACAUUAUUGACCAUACGCAAAUUAGUUUUAGCCAUGCAGGACUUCAAACGGAUACCCGAAGGCGAUAAAAUGACCUUUUUUUUUUUACUUUCUUAUUUGUAAUUCCAGGUAUAUGUAGAACCAUUGACGCAUGAUGACCUGUCAUUCAUUACUCGCUCUAUGUAUCCAACAAUCAAGAGGAAUAUAUUGGAAGGAAUGAUUACUUUUAAUGACAAGGUAAAAAUGUGGAAAAUGCUAGAUAAACUAGAAGGUUGCAAAUAUUUUAUAUAGGUGAAUAAUAAUUAAGCUCGAGUCGUAUAUGAACUGAUAUCCGACAAGCUCCCUAAGAUCAAGUUGCAUGGCUAUUAUAUUUACCAAAAUUCAGUAUGCCUAUCAGCAUCCCCAUCCUCCAAUCUCGUAUGUACCAAAAUCCAGUAUUCUCAUGAGCAUGUUACUGCAUUUUGCUAAAUAUAUAAGCGUGCUCGCGAGAUACCAAAAUAAGGUAUGCUGUAAGCAAGCUAGCUCAUAUAUGUACCAUUUUUAGGUUUACCAACAUUGUGUUGUGGAGGGACUUUGCAGUAAGCAUGGCUGGUCAUGGGAAUUUAACUUGAGGGAUAUUUUCAGAUGGUGCGACCUUAUGGUCGAAUGCCAGGUAGAUGAUUUGCGUGGUUUUAAAUGCAGUCUGUUUAUUUCAGGUAGUUAACAGACCUUGCCUAACAGACCUUGCCUACCGUAUAGAAAAGUGAUGUCAAUUGUAGAUAAUGUUUACAAAAUCUAAAACAGCAUUUGACAGAUUUUAAUCAAACAUGCAUGAAAACAAUAUUAAAACUUAUUCUGCAUGCGUGAAAUAUUAGCUGAGCUCCAUGGUUUGAAUGUAAUGUCCUUCAUUUAGGGCGACUCCCACUGGAAUCCAGCGGCAUUUGUUCAAAUGAUUUAUGUUGGCAGAAUGAGAACAGAUGUUUGCAGAAACCAGGUACUUAUUAAUGUGUGUAUACAUGUGGUUAAACUCACGAACGGUCUUGUGCCAGAGUACGUAUAUAUAGUGACAGCGUACCAACAUACCAGAAGGCUGCGGAUUGAAGCUCCAUACAGACCGGACGCGUCUGGCAACGCGACGCGAAUUUUUAAUUUUCAAUGACAUUUAACUUCAAUAUCUUUCUAUGUUUUUCAAAUAUUCGGAACCAUGCACUUAAGCAAUUUGAGCUAUUUGGUCUGCAUAUCUUGUAAAAUUUUUAUCCGUUGACGGUUUUAUUUGCUUUUAGAAACUGAAAAUUCGCGUCAGGUUGUCGAAUCGCAUUCGGUCUGUAUGGACCUUGAGAGGGAUUAAACUAUACACGCGUAAAACGCACAAGUUGUAACAAACCUGCAGCAGACUCGUAGCAAUGCUGUUCCAACAACUUGUCAACAAGAUGUGUUCGCACUGCUUGUUUCCAGCUUUUUGACAAGUUGUCAACGGCUUGUCGACAACUUGCUGCAAGAUUGUUGAGCUCAACAUGCAGACUUGUUACAAGUUGUUCCAACAACUUGUUAUCGUCCUGCAAUUCAACAUUUUGUCAACAAGUUGUGAGUGACAACCUUGUAGCAACUCGGUAAAAUAACAACAUUGUUACAACUUGUUGACAAGCUUUCUAUACAUGCCAGUUGCGAACACAUCUUGUUGACAAGUUGUGAGAUUUUUACGUGUGUAGAUAAGUUUGCUUGUAUUCUUCAGAUAGUUGAGUCCAUCUCAAUCCAUAACUUUCUGAUGAACUUGUCAUGGUUAGAUCGUCGCAUGCAAUAGGACUAUGUAGCCCAGUGGAUAUAUGGCAUGCACUGAACCAGAAUUGCAGGAAUGCAUGUGCAGCUUCGAAAUUUGCCCAAGGACCUAUGAUAUAGUUGCAUUUUGCAACAGCUCCCGAUUAGGUCGAAAAAACUUUAGUUUUAAUUAGAAUUUAUGCUUUGUUGUACUGUGCAAGAUCCCCCCAAAUUCAUACCUGGUCUUCUGGAGAAUUUAGAUUGUCUGUUAAAGUACAUUGAGCCUGCUUUCAAGUAAAACAGCCAAAUUAUCCUUCCUGAGUAACAAAGGAGUUAAAUCGCGUAUUGUGUUUAACUUCAUUCCAGGUUUGGGAGUUGUGUUCCUCAGUUUUUAGUGUAAAUUCAACAAAAGAUGUUGCUACCCUCGUUCAUGCUACACCCUCACAUAUUCAGGUGCAUUUUAAUGUUCAUAUUUUUUUUUUUAAUAUUUUUCGCCCAAAAUACUACAUUUACAAGGAAUAGAUAUAUAUAAGAAAUGGGCUAGGAGCCUACUAGAAACCACAUGGCUUUUUUUUAGGCCCCUAGGUUAAUUAUUUAAGCUAUAUCAAUAAAUAUAAGCUCGUGUCAGUUCGAGUGUUUUUCAGAGAAUUAGUAAGGAAAAGAAGAAUUAUAUAAUACAUAUGAAUAUAUAUAAUUAUAUUUACAGAAACAUGUUAUAUUGUUAAAUCUAGUUGUAAAAAGUACUUUUUAAUUAUUGAUUUGAAGGAAGCAUAAGACCUAGGUUCUUUAUUUUUUGUGGGAAGAUUAUUCCACACAUCUAUGCCUUUAUUGGCAAGGGUAUGUUUGGUAUAGUUUGUUCUAUUACUCCUCUUGUGUAGCAACGAAGAAUUUCUUGUGUUAUGAUUAUGAAUUUGCUUAUUUGUCAAAAAAUAGUUUAUGAAUAAUUCUGGUAGAUUCUGUAGAUGAAAAUACCGGAACAUGAAUAUACUCGUUAAAUAAUAAUUUAUUUUAUGUAAAAUAAUAAUAAUUAUGUAAAAUAAUAAUAAUUUAUUUUAUUUUAUAUUCAUGCAUGCAUGAAACAAUUUCGUUUGGAAUUGAUGAAAUCUAUAGUAUAUAUACACAAACUAUAUUUUUAUACAAUAAUUCUCAUUUUGUUAGGUUGGUCAGUGUUUGUUUCCAAAAUGUGAAUCUCACACCCAAAGUGGAACAGUUCAAACUGAUCCGUUGUAUAUCCUUCAUCGUACACUAAAACCUUUGGAAAGCCUCCUUACUUGCUUAAAAAUGAACUGGCUUGCAAUUUUGGUAAGUUUGUAUUGUAAUAUUAAUAUUGUGAUAUUAAAUUUGUGCUGUAUUAAAAUUCGUGCAGAACACAGUGGCGCGGCAUUAAAACUGAAUGAAAAAUAUUGUCGAAACCGCUAAAUUUGCACGCGCGGGAUUGAUUUUAUGUACCACAUAAUUCACUUUUUGGGCGGUUCGUGAUCACUCUUGAGUUUCAACGGAAUUCGUAAACAAUUUUCAAUGUUCUACUGAAAAUGCCGUUUUCUGGUAAAUUAUCUUUUGAACUUUUUAAAUGUAACAUUUUUGCCUGUUUGAAUGUGUGAAUUCAAAUGGCAAAAUUUCCCAACAUCACUCGUACUAUUAAUCCCUAAUUGUACUCGCCAUCGCAUGAUUACCUAUACUAACUGUGUUUUUUCUAACCCACCCUGUCAACUUUCCCUGUGGAGGGAACCGGGGCACCCGGAGAAAUCCCAUGACUUUCGGCAGAGCGUUGACUUACUCUUUUCACAGGAGGUCAGGACUGCAAAUUACUGUCGAACAUCGGACAAUGUCCAACUAAAUUUGGCAAAUGUCCGAGCAAAAGUAAUUUUGGGAGGGUAGCUUAAACCAGACUGAAAUCUCGGCUCUGGGUUGAGGUCAGCCCUGGGCUGAAAAUUUUGUCAUGUAUAAGAGGGUUUUAUAAUAAGGCAGGGCUGAAAUUUCAACCCGGUCAACAGGGCAUGUAAUCAGCCUCUUCAAUAUUAAUCUGGGUUAUAGGUUGGUCCAAAGUCGUCUUCUAAAACAUCACUGGCCCGACUUGCAGCACAGUUGACUGGCACUAAGCUUGACGAAAUGGCAAUGAACAGCUCUAUCGAUACCACUGAAUUAUUGGGUGGAUAUGAACAGGUGUAUAUGCUUUAUUUGUUUUGAAUUUUAUUUAUAGCAGUUGUUACAUUUAUUGAAGUAUUAUAGCAUUUUCUUUAUGCUAGAGAGUGCACAAAUCACAUUGUUUUGUCUAUACUUUGCUCAUUUUGACACUUAUUCCAAACAUUAUUUCGGUUAAUUCAUUGUUGGCCAAAAGUUCUGGUUACAGAAUCGCAGCUUGUUGCCUUGUUCUUAUAGUUGCCUCAUUUUGAUAGUUGCCUCAUUCUGAUAGUUGCCUCAUUCUGAUAGUUGCCUCAUUCUGAUAGUUGCCUCAUUCUAAUAGUUGCCUCAUUCUGAUAGUUGCCUCAUUCUGAUAGUUGCCUCAUCCUGAUAGUUGCCUCAUUCUGAUAGUUGCCUCAUUCUGAUAGUUGCCUCAUUCUGCAUCGCUAGAAAUCUCGGACAUUUGAAUCCCGAAACAUCCCUUACGUCUAUGUCCCUUAUUACCCCUUUCGAUCCCUGAAAUUUAUUAUUUUAAAUAUGACUAAAAACAUUAUUAAAAGGAUUACAAAAACGAUUAUUACAAAAUUUAAACAUACUAAAACGAUUAAAAAAUGUAAACAAACAAAAAACAGAAGAAAAGAGCUUUCGAAUGAUAUAUUUUGGGUCAUUUUUGCCUAAAAAAUCAUUGCCAAACCGCGACAUUAGAACCUGAUGAUCGUGUCUAAUAAACGAACCUUCGAUUUUAUGCAAACUUGGAAUGAAGCAAAUACACAUUGACACCACAGAUUAAGAUAUGCGAACAAUUGUUUCGGAUACUAAUAUCUGCAUAUUAUUUAAAUAUUACUGCACAUUUUUAAGUUGAUCGAUCAUUAAGCCGUAAUUUGACUUUGUAAAAUGUGGAUUAUUGUCGUUUUGAUAAAUUAGUUAGAAAUCCUGCCGCACAUUUAAUUGCGUUGUUGCCCAGUUUUAAGUAUCGUAAAUAAUCAUUAUAUUUUAUUAUUGGUUUUAGUUUUCUUUCUUAUUCCCUUGAUUAGUUCACGGAAUUUUGUUUCCACAAUGCACAAUUUUAAUUUAGUAUGAUUCUUAAAAGAUAUUUUAUGUUAAAAGUGGAUAACCAUCUACAUUCCUGAUAAAAUUUGAAAAUAAGAGUGAACAUGGGGACUGGGGCGAGAAUGCAUGCUGUAUUCCAAAUGUCCGCGAUUUCUAGCGAUGGGUAGUUGCCUCAUUCUGAUAGUUGCCUCAUUCUGAUAGUUGCCUCAUUCUGAUAGUUGCCUCAUUCCGAUAGUUGCCUCAUUCUGAUAGUUGCCUCAUUCUGAUAGUUGCCUCAUCCUGAUAGUUGCCUCAUUCUGAUAGUUGCCUCAUUCUGAUGGUUGCCUCAUCCUGAUGGGUGCCUCAUCCUGAAGGUUGCCUCGUCCUGAUGAUUGCCUCGUUCUGAUAGUUGCCUCAUCCUGAUGGUUGCCUCGUUCUGAUAGUUGCCUCGUUCUGAUAGUUGCCUCGUUCUGAUAGUUGCCUCGUUCUGAUAGUUGCCUCAUCCUGAUAGUUGCCUCAUCCUGAUAGCUGCCUCAUCCUGAUAGUUGCCUCAUCCUGAUAGUUGCCUCAUCCUGAUAGUUGCCUCAUCCUGAUAGUUGCCUCAUCCUGAUAGUUGCCUCAUUCUGAUGGUUGCCUCGUUCUGAUAGUUUCCCCGUUCUUAUAGUUGCCUCGUUUUGAAACAUUUUAAUCUUUUAAAUGUUUUGCUUGUGUCGAUAAUUUUUUAAAAUAUAACCCUUGCACGAAUUGUUUUGGUUUAUGCAUGCAUUUUUUUCCUUCCUGUUUCUCCUGCACGAUUGGGUCAUUCUAAGAAGAAAUCAACCUCGUUCUCAGACUUUUCCCUCUUGGGGAAGAAAGCAGCCUAGUCCCUAGGCCUCGUGUACGCCUAUUUCGCGUUUCUGCAUAUUAACGAGGUGCUGCUUUUCUCCCCAAGAGGGAAGAGCCUGGGAACGAGGUUGAGAAGAAAUGUAAUAUAUUUUUCUAGUAAAAAAACUCCUCUUGAUCACCUUUUUCACUGUCAAAGUUUGCGGAUAUGAUGUCAUUAGGUAAAUUUAAGGCACAAAAAGCAAAGGAAAACUAAUUUGCAAUUCACCUAAUGAUAUCAUAUCCGCAAACUUUAGCAGUAAAAAAAUUGAUCAAAGAUCGGAUUUUUUUAUAAAAAUAUAUUACAUUUCGUCUUCGGAUGACCCAGAUAUUAUAGUACACAUACCAUUAAUAAUUCAAGCACGUUAGGUGAAAGAACAGCCCGAAAAUAAGUAAAACGCACACCAAAUCAUUGUGGGAGAUAGGGUUCAGGGUGAAGUGAACCAAUUAUAUACAUUAUACUCUCAAACUCUGGUCAACCCAAAGACUCAUUAUAAGCCUUAUGUUUUCAUCCCGCAGGCGUAUAUAUAAGACCUGCUAGGAGAGACUGAAUGCUCCAUAGGAGCUCUGCCCGAAGGGUAGCGACCCCCUCUGACAUAGACCUGAACCAAGGGGUGAUAAUCCCCUUGGACAGUACCUACGAUUCGACUGAUUAUAUUUACAUAAAAAACCUGAGUCUAUGGGCCUGAAGUUGACCAUUGGGAACACUUCAACCCCGAACCAAAAUUUAUUUGUUUGAACACUUAAGUAUUUACAUAGCGAUAAUUUUCCAUGAGAAAAUUGUUCGAUAGUCUUUCUUGACAAAUUGUUCUUGAACAGUCCUUGCAUAACAUUAGUUAGUACCCAUACAAUGCACCAGAUACCAGGAACAUGAACGGGUGGGUGGGUGGGAAAUUUUCUUUCUCGGUAACAAGACAUUGCUCUUUGUUGGGAUAUUUGUCAAAGUGAACUCCCUUAUCACAUUGACCUUUGUUCUGAGUGUUCGUUGUUGACAUAUGAUUGGUCAGUUGAUCUUUCAUUCGGUUUUACACAUGCCCAGAGAAACAUUUGAACUUUGGACUAUUGGAUAUCGCCUUUUUGUGGCUGUUGACAAGCUUAUCCUGUUACUAUGAGAUUAUAACUAGGUUUGAAGGUGACAAACGUGUUGUCUCAUUAACUUUAAUUUAUAUAUUGUUAUAUAUAAAUUUGCUUUAAUAAUUUAAGCACGUUAGGUGAAAGAACAGCCCGAAAAUAAGUAAAACACACACCAAAUUAUUGUGGGAGAAUGGGUUCAGGGUGAAGUGAACCAAUUAUAUACAUUAUACUCUCAAACUCUGGUCAACCCAAAGACUCAUUAAGCCUUAUGUUUUCAUCCCGCAGGCGUAUAUAAGACCUGCUAGGAGAGACUGAAUGCUCCAUAGGAGCUCUGCCCGAAGGGUAGCGACCCCCUCUGACAUAGACCUGAACCAAGGGGUGAUAAUCCCCUUGGACAGUACCUACGAUUCGACUGAUUAUAUUUACAUAAAUAACCUGAGUCUAUGGGCCUGAAGUUGACCAUUGGGAACACUUCAACCCCACAAAUACACAGCAUGUGUAUUCCCCAUAGACGAACUCCUACCACAGCUGUAUUUGUAUACAAGACAGCUGCUGCCAGAUGAUAGUUAGACAUAUAUUUGGGUGUUACCAUCACUCAUACUAUAGCUGGAUAGUCAGGGAGGCCAGAAAAAACCUGGAAUAUACAGGAAACCUGGAUGGGGCCAAGACAACCAGCAGCUUCCCCACAAAGCUUCUAUCUUACAAUUUUUUAAUUGGAGGGUUGGUAAUACGACAAACAAAGCUCACUAUCGAGGCAAAUUUUAUUUAUUUUUAUUUAAUUAUUUUUUUUUUAAAGUUAAUGUGUUCAUGAAUACGUUUUGCACAACAUUUAUUUGUUAACCACACUUAUUUUAUUUCAAUUAUGAUCGGUGGAACUUUCUCGAAUUAUGUGACAUUACUCUCAGAAAAAUAGCUUAUUCAUUACUUUAAUUCAAAAUAGCAAGAUCAAACUUUUGCGAUCGAACAUCCAAUCAUGCAUGCAUGAUAUUAGCAGAAAGAAAUUGUAAGAAUAUGUAUUUGGUAGUCAAAAUAGAUUAUAUGCAGUAAAUAAUAGUACAUCAAAGGAUUUUCAUAAGCGUAGGCAUACAUGGUAUCGUACCAAUCUUUCCUGAUAUCCAUCUUGCCGAUUUAUCGCAAAUGUACCUAAACGUAUAUCAUGUGCAGAGUUUUAGGUCUCAAAUUUCGUUCACAAAUGAGCUUGCUUUCUUAAGUUUUGAACAGUAAAGUAAUGAAAAUGUAUGCAGGUCAAAUUAAUUUUGUGAAAUAGCUGAAAAAGAAGUUUUAUAAUUCUACUUUUGAGCGAUUGAAUACAGUUUAAUGUAAGGCCUGAUUGAAACCCAAUCCAACGCCAAAUCUGAGGCGUAAUCUGAAGCCUUAAACUGCGGCUAAUCUCAAGGUAGAAAUAAAAUUGUCAUUGGAAUUUUUGAUCGACAAAUAUAAAUACACCAGAAUGUUGUUAUAAAAUAGACGAAUUUUAAUACAUUUUGGUUGGUUUGAGAUGCGGAAUACGAAACAAACGUGUCAAUGCACCGCAUACUUACGCGCCGAAUACCGCUUCACUUUAGGAAGCAUGUGCAUUGAGACAUGGAAUGAUAUCAAUUGAACGCUUGUUGAUUUCGUGUUUAGCGGCUUUAGCCUAUCGAUCUUGUUGUUAUUCCCCCAGCGGCGGUUUCAUUUAAUGGUAAUAACUUCGUCGGGACUUGGACCAACGUAUUCCUUUGUCCACCAGAAGAGUAAAAGCGCUUGUCCGGUAGAGUUCUAUUUGAAUAAACUGCGUCUCACCGAAUUAUCAUACUGAGUUACUGACCAAAUUUUCUUUAAUAUAACCAUGAUAUGUCAAUUCCAGCGUUCAUAAACUCUUUUCUGUCACAUUGUCUCAGUUCAUUCGAUGUCCGUAAUUCUUUACAGCUCCACACCAACUCAAAUUUUCAAAUUUUCUUUCUCGGUAACAAGACAUUGCUCUUUGUUGGGAUAUUUGUCAAAGUGAACUGCCUUAUCACAUUGACCUUUGUUCUGCGUGUUCGUUGUUGACAUAUGAUUGGUCAGUUGAUAUUUCAUUCGUUUUACACAUGCCCAGAGAAACAUUUGGACUAUUGGAUAUUGCCUUUUUGUGGCUGCUGACAAGCUUAUUCUGUUACUAUGAGAUUAUAACCAGGUUUGAAGGUGACAAACGUGUUGUCUCAUUAACUUGAAUUUAUAUAUUGUUAUAUAUAAAUUUGCUUAAAUCAUCGUAUUUGUGGUUUGUCGCACUUUAACAACCAUUUUUUUUCAGGCUGACUUAGAAAGGCAAUGGACUGAUAUUAAAGAGAAAGUCAUGGAAGAAAUAUUUCGUUUGUGCAGAAGUUUACUUCUUUCAAAGAAUUUUGACAGCAUCAAAUAUAUUUUGGGUCAAUGGUUUUCGUUUUGCAAAGGAGAUGUUACAAAAGGCUUGCGUACGUUUUACCAUUAUUAAUAUGUAAUUUUGUAAACUGGUGUGCUGUCGCAUAUUUUCUGUCAAUAGUGUUAAACCACUGUAGGUAUGCUAAUUAAUUGGGUGAGGUACAGUGUACUGCUUUCUCAAACCGCUAACUGAAACAAUUGUCUUGCAUAUAUUUAUUAGCUGAUGAAUCUGUCAAUCCUCAUUCAUCGGACAUCUUGAAUGAUAUUGCUCUGUUAUCGGAAGUUAUUGACGAAAUGAUCAAAGUUUGUCAUGGUCAUGACUUAAAGGAUUUCAAUUUUGGUAAGUUUAUUGUUUUGAAAUUUUCAGUACCUGGCAGAGUUAUACAAUUUAACAAUCAUAUUUAUUAUAUAAAGUAUAGUGCUUUAUGUACUAUUUAAAGCACGCAUAGGAGUGUUUUAUCACACAUAACACGCGAGGCGUAGCCGGGCGUUUUAUAUGUGAUAAAACACGACUACAAGUGCUUUAAAUAGCUUCAAAAAUGACUCAUCUUAUACAAGUUUAUUGGCGAAGUAAUUUUUAAAAUAAGCUUUGUCUAAACCGAGAAAAUCAAAGCUACAGUUUAUGUAAAUUAACAUGAUUUUUUAUCACAUAUAAAACCACGACACGCUUAUGAUUUUUCUUUGUGUUUUGCUCCUGAAUUAUUAAUGAGUUUUUUAAAGAUAUUUCGAGCUCGGAUAAAAGUGAUAAUCUCACAUGUGAGAUUAUUUAUGAUAAUCUCACAUGUGAAAAUUAUCACUUUUCGGUGAUCGCUUUUUUGUAAAAAUUAUCGCUUUUCAAAGACUGUCCUUUAUAUAAUAAACAGAACUCGUGUUGAACAUGAUAUCUAACUCGUUCGCUGCGCUCACUCGUGAGAUAUCAUGUUCAACACUCGAAAUAAAUCUGGUAUUUCCGCGCACCCAUGUAUUAUUCUCUAUUUAAAAACUUUUGUAGAGAGUUUACGAACAAUUCGCAACUAUUGCGAAGCAUACUUAGAACAGAAGUGUCUUUCCUUUAACAGAGCGGUUAAAAGUACUGGUAACAGAAUUACAUGAUGAUUUAAUUGAAAGGAACGGCAAUUCUCAUGUCAGCGGUCAAUUUGAGUGGGUUGAUGGCCAAUUGGUAAAAGCUCUUAAAAACGGACAUUGGCUUUUGAUUGAUAAUGUUAACUUUUGUAGGUAAGUGUUCUAAGGUCUGUUCAAAUUAAACGCUUUUUAGAUUAAUGCACUGUUAAUUUCAGCGAGUUAACUUAACUCCGGUGGAGUUAUACUGUACCUCAAUUAACUCCAAAUGUAGAGUAAAAUUAGGUUCAGAAUAAUACCGCAGGAGUUAAAUUUAUUCCCCGAAAUUUACAGUGUGGUUAACUUAAACAUUGUAUAUUUAUAUAGUCCAUCUGUUUUGGAUCGUUUGAAUGGCUUGUUAGAACCUGGUGGGGUAUUAAGUAUAAACGAGCGAGGCGUGAUUGAUGGAGAGAUUCCUGUGGUAAAACCACAUCCUGAUUUCAGGUGAGUAAUUUUCUUGUGCUUAUGUCUGAUAUUAGGUUAAACUUUAAUUUCUUGCUGUUUCAUUUUAUUUGCCUAAUAAAAUUAACAUGUAUUUUACAGAGUAUGCUUCAUGUAUAUCAUUUGCAGGAAACCUUUUUUAAGUAUAGAAUCAAUUUCUGCAAGGGGGCAAACCGAGCAUGUGGAAGACUGGAAUUCAUGUUACUUUCUUUUUUCCAGAUUGAUUUUUGCUAUGGAUUCAAGACAUGGAGAAAUCUCACGAGCCAUGAGGAAUAGAGGCGUUGAAAUUUUCAUGAUGCAGGAG